GGGCAGGGGCGGGCAUGGGUCGGAGUCCUGGCGCUGCCUCAGCCUCCGACACCCCGGGACCGGAAACCCAGCGAUCCGCUCGGACCCUCUCCCCAGGCGGGGCCGGAGGGGUGAUGGGAUCGCCCUCUGGGUGGGGAAAACACUUCUGUACCCCACGGACCGCUGAUUCAGCCACUUCCGCCUUGGGCCUUCCCACUCUGAGCGCAGUGCGGGGGAGCAAACGCCCUCUUUCCUGAGCGAUUACCUUUACCCGGUGUGCUUUCGGGGAAACGGAGGGACAAGAUGAAGCUCAUCAUCCUGGACCACUAUUCUCAGGCCAGCGAAUGGGCCGCCAAAUACAUCAGGAACCGUAUCAUCCAGUUUAACCCAGGACCAGACAAGUACUUCACCCUGGGGCUCCCCACUGGGAGCACCCCACUUGGCUGCUACAAGAAGCUGAUUGAGUACUAUAAGAAUGGAGACCUGUCCUUCAAAUAUGUGAAGACCUUCAACAUGGAUGAGUACGUGGGUACCCUGGGAGGGGAGCUAAGACUGGUGUCCUUGCCACUGCGGAAAAGCUACACCUGGUCUUCUGUCACCUCCUGCCACCACCACCCCCCACCCCUACUCCCCUGUAAUUUUGUAAUGGCUUCGCUUUAAACAUUUUUUUAAAACAUAAAAUUUACCAUCUUAACCAUUUUUAU